AUGGCGGAGGGCGGCCAGCCCCCGCAGCAGCAGCAGCAACCACAGCCGCAGCUCCUGGCCGCCGGCGGCGGCGGGGCCGCCCGCGGCGUGAAGCGGGAGCCGGAGCUGGAGCAGCCCAUGCCCGGUGGGGACAGCGCCGAGGGUGGCCACAGCAAGCGGCUGCGGACGGAGGCGGAGGCCGACGGCGGCGGCAUGCAGAACGAGCCUCUGACUUCAGGUUAUCAUGGAUACCCAGCAAGAGACAAUCAAGGUAACCAGGAGCCAGCAGCAACUCCUGAUGCAAUGGUGCAGCCAUUCACCACAAUCCCAUUUCCGCCACCCCCACAGAAUGGGAUUCCCACAGAGUAUGGGGUGCCACACACUCAGGACUAUGCAGGCCAGACCAGCGAGCACAAUCUGACGCUCUACGGCAGCACGCAGCCGCAUGGAGAGCAGAGCACGAACACGGCCAGCACGCAGAACGGAUCUCUUGCACAGACAGAAGGAGGUGCACAGACAGAUGGACAGCAAUCACAGACACAGAGCAGUGAGAAUACCGAGAGCAAAUCCACUCCAAAACGACUCCAUGUGUCUAACAUUCCCUUCCGCUUUCGAGAUCCUGACCUUCGGCAGAUGUUUGGGCAAUUCGGAAAAAUCCUUGAUGUAGAGAUAAUCUUUAAUGAGCGUGGCUCGAAGGGAUUCGGGUUCGUAACUUUCGAGAAUAGUGCUGAUGCAGACAGGGCCAGGGAGAAAUUACACGGCACCGUGGUAGAGGGCCGUAAAAUCGAGGUUAACAACGCCACUGCACGAGUGAUGACCAAUAAGAAGAUGGUCACACCUUACGCAAAUGGUUGGAAGUUGAGUCCUGUGGUUGGAGCGGUGUACGGCCCUGAGUUAUAUGCAGCAUCCAGCUUUCAAGCAGAUGUCUCGCUGGGCAAUGACGCCGCAGUGCCCCUGUCGGGAAGGGGGGGUAUUAACACUUACAUUCCUUUAAUCAUUCCAGGCUUCCCCUACCCAACUGCAGCCACCACAGCAGCCGCAUUUCGGGGAGCACAUCUGAGGGGCCGAGGAAGGACAGUGUAUGGGGCAGUCCGGGCAGUACCUCCCACAGCCAUCCCUGCCUACCCAGGUGUGGUUUACCAGGACGGAUUUUACGGUGCUGACCUCUAUUUGACUGAAGAAAUGUUAACAUCCCGCUCUAAAUCUCUCAGUGGAGUCUCUGUUCCCUUCUCUGAUAUAACAGAUGGGGUGGAUAUGCAGCCUACAGAUAUGCACAGCCUGCUACUGCAACAGCAGCCACAGCCGCUGCAGCCGCUGCAGCAGCUUACAGCGAUGGUUAUGGCAGGGUGUACACAGCAGAUCCUUACCAUGCCCUUGCACCUGCCGCUAGCUACGGAGUUGGCGCUGUGGCGAGUUUAUACCGAGGUGGCUACAGCCGAUUUGCCCCCUACUGAAGUGACGUGA